GCAGUUACUUCUACAUAUGUUCAAGGGAAAUUUAUAAAAUUACAUUAAACUAUCAACAAUCAUUAUUCCAUUAUAUAUAUUUUAUGUUAUAAAUAAUAGCAAAUACAAAUAAAUAUACUUAAUAAUGUAUAGUAAUAAUCAAAGUGAAGAUUAUUACGAUCAUAUUGAUAAUUCACUUAUAUAUUCUUCAACAAACAUUCCAGGACCUGGCUGUAAUAUGAAUGAUUUAAAUAGCUGUCCCAAUCAAAUGUGUAACUGUACUAAUAAUUUGUGUCAAACACCUAGCUGUGAAUGCUUAGGUAUAGCUGGCUAUAAUAAUUAUGAUAAUUUUGGUAAGCUAAUCUCAAUUAAUAGGUCUAUUUAUGAAUGUAAUGAUUUAUGCAAGUGUACUUCAUGUCAAAAUCGAAUUGUUCAACUUGGACCAAGAAUUGGUUUACGCAUUUCUCACUGUAACAAAGGCUAUGGAUUAUUUACCGAUAUUGUUAUUGAAAAAGGACAAUUUGUUUGUGAAUAUGCCGGUGAAAUAAUUGAUUUAACGGAAGCACAGAGACGUUCAAAUUCAGAUAAUGAAAAUUAUAUAUUUGUGAUAAAUGAACAUUUUUUUGGUCAUGUAACCACAACCGUAAUUGAUUCCACAGUUAUUGGAAAUAUUGGUCGAUAUAUUAAUCAUAGCUGUGAACCUAAUUGUAUGAUUGUGCCAGUGCGGGUUGAUUCGUUAAUUCCAAGGCUAGCAAUUUUUGCAAUAAAAGAUAUUCAAUGUAAUGAAGAAAUAACAUAUCAUUAUGGAGGUGAAGGAUCUCUCCCUCAAAAUACUUUGUCCGAUGUUAAAUGCUUAUGUGAAUCAUUUAGUUGUAAUAGAUUUUUACCUCGUAAAACAGGGUUAUUUUAAUAAUAUAUGUAUUUAGUUAGUGUACAUAUUAUAUAUCCUUUAAUAAUAAUUAAAUGUA